AUGGGCUCAAUCGAUAUUGUCGGUCCUCUCUUUCAACCCCUUCGCUUGGGCGCUGUAACCCUAAGCCAUCGAGUUGUCCAGGCGCCCACAACUCGUAUGCGAUCGACAAAAGAGUCAGAUGGUGUUUCUGUCCCCAACGACCUUAAUGUCGAAUACUAUACGCAGCGCGCUUCACCAGGAGGUCUCAUGAUAACAGAGGCAACUCCGAUUAGCCGACUUGCUGCUGGAUAUCCAGGUGUACCCGGAAUUUUUACGCCCUCUCAAGUCGCGGGUUGGAAGAAGGUCACCAGCGCAGUGCACGCCAAAGGAGCCUAUAUAUAUUGUCAACUAUGGCAUGUUGGUCGGGCCACUGUCCCUUCUUUCAUUGAAGGAAAGCGAGCCCUCAGUGCUACCGACGUCCCGAUUAGUGGAAAAGCGAUGGAUGGCAACGAGUACGCUACGACACCUCCGCGGCCUAUGACAGUCGAAGAGAUCCAAGAAACUGUAAAGGAAUAUGCGGCAGCCUCCAAGAGGGCGAUCGAAGCAGGAUUUGACGGUGUUGAAAUCCAUGCCGGGAACGGAUAUCUCUUGGAUCAAUUUCUCCACGAUAAUGUCAAUAACCGGACUGACGACUAUGGCGGCUCUAUCGAGAAGCGAUCUCGCAUUGUUCUUGAAGUCCUCCAAGCAGCUGCAGAAGCCAUCGGUGCAGAACGUGUAGGCAUUCGCCUAUCGCCAUACAACUACUUCCAAGAUACCCGCGACUCUAACCCUAAUGUUCACUGGCUUUGGCUUUGCUCGCAAAUCGCUGCCCUUCCCGCAAAACUGCGCCCGGCAUAUGUGCAUAUGGUUGAGCCUCGUUUCGAUGAGGUUCUGGAUGAAGAUGCGAAGAUGGUUUCUCUAGCUGGGGGGAAACCGUCACUGGAUGUGUUCAGACCGACCCUGAAGAAGGCCGGCAUUGCAUUUCUGGCUGCAGGGAAUUUCAACUCCCAGAAUGCUGGACCAAAGUUACUUGAGGAUGGGGCUGAUGCCGUUGCAUUUGGACGGCUGUUCAUCGCGAAUCCAGAUUUGCCUCGACGGUUGAAGGAGGGACUGCCAUUGAACCAGUAUGAUCGGUCAACCUUCUAUGGGGCUGAUCCGCCGGAGAAAGGAUACACUGAUUAUGGUUUCUACAGUAUAUAG